UCGCAACUGCCUGCCUCAACCACCCCUCAAUCAUGCGCAGAAGGUAGUUCGGAGACCUAUCUGGCUUUCUCUACCAAUCUUCCCAAUAAUGUCCGGCAAGCGUCUGUUAGACGCGAUCCAAUUGUUCAAUGUCGCCAAGUCCGUCGCCGUGAAGCACCUCGAGGUGCGGCAGCGCCAGCUCGAUCUGUUCACCAGGACUUCGACCCUCACCAAGGGCAUCAAGGGCCAGGCCGAGGGCCUGUGUCUUACUGCACAAGCCGCUGCUGCCUUAGCAAAGCGAUUCGAUGAGCCCGAACCGACCCCCCGGGCACCGAGCCACCCUCCACCCAGUACCGAGUCGCGCACAACGAAUCUCACCCCGGACGAGGCUAAGAAGGCGCAACGACAGGCGGAAUUCCAGAUUCCGUCGUCUGUGGCAGGGCAUACCGAUUAUGGAGCUAUUCAAUUGGAUAUCAGCCAACAACAGGAUGUGUUCUAUCAACCCUCCAAGGAAACAACCCCCGGAUUCUCUGGACUUCCUAGGGUUAAGCUCCCCAAGUCUUCCAGCGAUACGCAAACAGGCAUCGACAGUGAUAUCAAUGCGGACGUGUUUCACUCUCCCGUGAGUUCCGAGAAACCUGCGUCGUCAAACCAGCCCACGGAACAACAGGAGGAGAUCUCGGAUGACAUGAUGAAGGAGAUCUUUCACAGCCCGAAGGUUGCAAGGAUGUUAUCUCGGCAAGCUGCGGCGGAUCUGAGAUACAAGAGACGGGCACCGAUCCCUUCUGAUGUCAAACCUGUUGAGAAGGGAAAUCUUUCGACAGAAGAGGCCCAGGUUGUGGAUGACUUGGUCUCCGCGGUGGAGCCGGAAACCGCCGCAGCCCUAAAGCAAGAGGACACUUACACAAUGUUGGAAUCCCGCGUUCCAUCUUCUCGUCUGGGGAGGUUAUGGCAAUAUGGUGGACUGGCUACCUCCAUGGCCUUUGGCGCUGUUGGCGAGAGUCUACGAAGAGUUACAGGAAGUCAAACCGAGAGCACCGGGUCCCUUAUGUUCAGCGCUGGAAACAUGGAACGCCUCGUGGCGAAACUCUCCAAGAUGCGUGGAGCGGCCCUCAAGCUGGGACAGAUGCUGAGCAUCCAAGACACCAAAAUGCUUCCCGACUCGAUCCACCAGGUUCUGCAACGAGUGCAAGACCGCGCAGAUUACAUGCCCGCCUCUCAGCGCGACAAAGUCCUGACCGACAACCUCGGCCCCAACUGGCGGGACCUGUUCUCCUCCUUCGACGAGAUCCCUAUGGCCGCCGCCUCCAUUGGCCAAGUUCAUGGCGCCGUCCUCAAGAAGACCGGCCAGCCCGUCGCCAUCAAGAUCCAAUACCCCGGCGUGGCCGACUCCAUCGACUCCGACCUCAACAACCUCUCCAUCCUUCUCACCGCAUCCCGCAUCCUCCCCCGCGGCCUCUACCUCGACAAGACCAUCGCCAACGCCCGUACCGAACUCGCCUGGGAAUGCGAUUACCUCCGCGAAGCCGAAUCCGCCAACCACUUCCGCCAACUCCUCGCCGACGACCCCGUCUUCCUGGUCCCCGCCAUCAUCCCCGAGGCCUCCGGCAAACAGGUCCUCACCAUGGAACGCCUCGAAGGUAAAGCUGUGACCAAAAUCCAAAACAUCACCCAAUCCCAACGCGACUGGAUCGGCACGCAAAUCAUGCGUCUCUGUCUCCGCGAAAUUACCGAAUUCAAAUACAUGCAAACCGACCCCAACUGGACCAACUUCCUCUACAACGCCCAAACCAACCGCCUCGAGCUCCUCGACUUCGGUGCUUCUCGCGAAUACCCCGAAGAAUUCAUCACUAAAUACAUCCACACCCUAAUAGCCGCUGCCCGCAACGAUCGUGAGCGCUGCGCUGCCCUCUCCCUCGACCUGGGCUACCUCACCGGCCACGAGUCCCAAGCCAUGGUCGACGCCCACGUCACUUCCGUCACCACUAUCGCCGAACCCUUCAUGGAUUCUUCCCCGGAUGUCUACGACUUCCAGAACCAGACCAUCACCGAUCGCGUGCGGGGUCUCAUUCCCGUUAUGAUUCGCGAGCGCUUAACUCCUCCCCCGGAGGAGACAUAUAGUCUGCAUCGCAAGUUGAGCGGCGCGUUCCUGUUGUGCGCGAGACUGGGUAGUCGCGUGCCGUGCAAGGAGUUGUUCCGGGAUGCGAUCCGCAGGGCCGAGGCUGCGGGCACUAUUGAGAAGCAGUCUUGAGUGCCUGGUCCUUUGAAUGCGGCUAGGACUCCCUACCUAGCAAGGCAGCUAACUACCUGUGGGUUUGUAUCAGGAUAUGUGGUUAUGAUGGGAAAGGAAACAUGUCCACUAUCUUGUUCUCAUCUCUUGUGUCUUAUAUGUAUAUUAGAUUAGAUUGUAUGUAUAGAUAUUUACAAAGAUCAUCACCAGGCAUCGGAUUG